AUGGCAAUGAGUUCAGUCCGUGGCGGCAUAACCUCAACAUCUGGCUCCGAUGCGGGGACUCUGCCGUCAUUGCGGACUGCCUUUAUCUGCACGAGCGAGGAGGUGGUAGCGGCCCUCACUAUCAGGCCGCUACCAGACAGCCUGGACGAGGCAUUGUUCACGCUCUUGGAGCAGGCAUUCCGGGAAGGUCAAGACCCUGAUCCUGAACGCUUUGUCCGAGAGUUGGCCGACGCCUUAUUCACCCAUCCUUUGGAAGGGAUUGACGGUCUCGCCGAGCUACGCGAUCAUGUCGAAGAUAUCGAUGGUGAGGGUCUCAGAACAUAUGUUGCUCAAUGGAUCUACAGUCUGGGUGCUGGUCACGGAAAAAGGCUCCUCGACCAGGACGCUGUGGCGAUCAUCGAGAAUUAUAUCCCCCCUAUGGUGUCUAGUGUCGUCCUACAGAAUGCAUUCAUGAAGGGACUCCCUAGCGCUCCGAGACUCACCAAAGAUUACCGUUGGGAGCAGCUAUCAGCGAAGAGGGAGCUCAAAUCGUUGUGUCAAAGUCCCUUUUCAAAGGGUUGGUGGAAUCGGUCACUCCAAGGUCACCAAGCUGCCUCCGUCUUCCGCAGCCCCGUCUCUGAAAUCAGUCAGGCUACUCCAAGGCGCGAAGUGAGAAUGUCUGAAGGAAAUGGAUCGCCUACAAAAACGUCGGUCGAGACUAGUGACCCUCCGGACUUGGUCAGCCAACAACGACGUCACACCGCUGCCAAGAACGCGGAUAAGGCGGCAACAGCAUUUGACGGUGGUUCAUUCAAGGGUGUCGCUGAUAAGAGGGGAUUCUCCGGCUUCUGGCGGCAGCUCGAGGGCAAGCUUCUUCGACGAGGGUAG